UCGCGCGGGGCGAGAGCUUUGUGUCCCGUGCGCCCGGCGCGCGCCGUACGCGUCUCGUCGCGCUCGGCGGAGAGGGAGCCGUUGGAGGAGGACGGAGCGCCGACGACGCGUCGCGUCGCGCUCUCUCCCCGAAGCCAAUACUCGCGCGGCAGGCGCGUGUAGCUGCUGCGCAUUGACCGCCGUGCCGUGCGUGCGUGUGUGGCUCGCUUGCGCUCCUUGUUGCUUUGGUGACGCGUCGUCGUCGUAAGCGUGUGUGCGCGCUCGCGCGCGUGGUUCGUGCGGUUGGGACGCCCCGUGACAAGCGCGGCGGGCGGCCCGGUGCACCAUGUGAGGCGAGCAUGCGUCUCGCCUUCGGAGCUCUGCUAUUCGUCGUCGCCCUGUGGUCGUCAACGUCGUCGUCGUUGAACGGACUGUCGUCAAAGCCAGAGGAACGUGUACAACACUGAUGUGCACGGAGGUGACGCCAGCGGUUGGAAGGGCGCUCCAUCCGGCCCGCACGGCCGUUCGUGGCGCUGGCUAACACUCCCAGUCCACCUUCCAGAUGUGCUGGGAUACAAAAGAUGGAAGGAGUAACUGAUGAGCGGUCGAGAUAAGAGCAGUAAUGACAGCAGCAGCGGCAGUCGUAGCGGGACAAGGAAGAGUGGCCGUAACCACGCAGCCGGAAACAGAAGCGGUACUGUUGGCGAAGCACGUGUGCAGCCGCUACGAGAUGCGGCUCCGAUGCGACGAGGGAGAGCUGGUGGCGAUCCACGACGCUAUGUACGCCAGCGAACCGCCGCCGGACGCGCCACCGCCGAGACCUGGCUGCGGACCGGUCAUCGAGACUACCGAAGACGGAGCCACGGCCACAUCCGUAGCCACUGCUGCGAGCCCGUGCCAGCAGGACCUACGCCUUGCGCUAAAUAGCAGGUGUUCGGGCGAGGUACACUGCCUGUUCAGCCUGAGCCGGGACCAGGCCGAGCGGCGUUGCCGAGGCGAGGGCUCGCUGCUGGUUCGGUACCGCUGCUUGAACGAACGUUCGCUGAUGCAAAAGUGCGGCGCCCACGUGCGCUCUCCGACCGAGGGCUACCUGUCCUCUCCCGGUUUCCCGCACUUCUACCCUGCGCUGUCCAACUGCUCCUGGGUCCUGGAGGCGUCGCCGGGACAGACCGUCGUGCUCAGGAUACUCGACGUGUCCAUCAGGCCUCCCAGGCCCGGCGCUCCGGGGCCGCUGCUCGACUCGCUGAGCGAGUCCGACUGCGCCGAGGACGCCCUGAGCGUGCUCGAGUCCGGCCGGCCGCUGCUGGUCGCCUGCGGCGAGUCGCGCCGCAGCCUUCGCACCCUGCGUUCCACGGGGCGCCGACUGGUGGUCCGCUUCCGCACCAGGAGCUUCGUGCCGGCCAGAGGGUUCCUGCUCAAGUACAAGUUCAUGGGCUGUCCGACGCCACCGGCGCCUCGGCUGGGAUACCUGGUACACCGCGCUGAGGAGACGGCGCUGUACAAGUGCUGCAAGGACCACAUGUUCAACGACACGCAGAUGGAUACCAGGACGCUGGUGUGUCUCCGAGGGAAUACCUGGAACGACAGUGUCCCGGAGACGUGCAUGCCCCGCCUGUCUGUGACGUCCAAUGACACCACUGUGGACGAAGAGGAACCGCUGCUUCAGGGCCGCAAGCACCCCGACGGCGAUGACGAGGGUGGUUUUCUCUCCACGCAGUUUCUCGCAGAUGUCCUGGUGCCUUGUUUGGCCAUGGUGUUCCUCCUGCUGGGAAACGCCGUGGUCGUUGUCAUCAUUUUCAAACUAAAAAGGAAACGACGGCGGCGCCUGGCCAGCGUCGUCCACCAGCCGGACAUCGCCCUGCUCGUGCCGCCGCAGCCCACCGAACCGCCGCCCUGGAAGCACGGCUGAUCGACGGCGCCGGCCGCGCCGCAGUCUGCGCGACAACACACUGCGGAGUCCGGCACGCGACGACAACACACGCGAGAUGCAGCUCAAGCAUCGAGGAAGCGCGCCUUCGAGUCCGAGUGUUAUCAAAAGACGGGGUCUCGGCGACGGUCGAGCCUAUAGCAAAGCCAAAAAAAUGACCAGCGUGAGUGACCGCUUUGUAGAAGAAAGCUUCCAAGGUGAAAGUCUUUGAGCCAAGGCAAUGAGGGAAAGAAGGCCUACAAGGUGCGGACCUCUGAGAGCUAAGCUCUUCGAGGAGGAUACUUCAAGAGGCGACCUCUCAAGAGAUGGGCUCUCGAAGGACAAGGUCUUGAAGGACAGAAGUUUAAGCUUGGGAGGCAAAUCCUUGAAAGAGGAAUUCGCGAGGAGCAAUUCCUUGAAGGUGUACAUCCUUCGAGGACAAGCCUUCGGGGACAAGUCGUUGGAAGGCACACGGCCUCUAAAGACAAGCAUUGGGAAGCAGGUCUUUGUAGAGUCAUGUCCUCUGCAGAAUCUGUGAGGGAUGACUUCCUGCAAGUAUACUGUCUUCAAGGACAAGCCUUCGGAGACAAGUCGUUUAAGGCACACUUCCUCUAAAAGCAAGCCACGGGAAGCAAGCUUGUCUAGAGGCAUGUUCUGCGCUCAAUAUUAUAGACGACCUCACGGAAUGACAUGCCUUCGAAGCGGAACAUCUUCCUCACCUCUAUAUUUAGGGGUGAGAAAGUGUGCUUGGUCAGCAAUGGAAGCAAAGCUUUGAGAGCUGGGUCUUCACUGUCUGCUCUGUUCCUGGUGACUGUAAGCUCACUGAAGUAGCGCAUCUCAGGACAGCACGACACCCGCCCGGCGUUAUACCACUGCCGUGUCAUUACCACAAGCAGCGUUACUGGUGGACCGGUGAUUAGAGGCACCUUAAAAAGCGCGAAUCAAAUCUCUUAUGCUUUCAGAUUACAUAAGAAAGCACCUGAACAAACAACGCAGUCAACAGUCAACCGGUGGUGUCUGGUCCAAAAUCUGCGCUAUUUAUUUACCCUCGGCGAAGCGAGACUUCACGAAUCACGUUACGAAUCACGAAACAGUCGUUAUCGUACAGAUUAAUUUCGCUGCUUGAUUAACCUAUUUUUAUUGUCGUUAGGAAGCACGUUGAGGAAGGCGCUAAAUAUUCGCGAAAGCGAUAUUCCACAAAGCACGAAAUGACAAUCUCCUUCGAUAUUCCCUUGAUAUAUGCUGACGGCAAUGGCAAUGAUCAGCUAGAUAGAUAUAUAUUGUUACGUCUCUACAUUCUUAGGACAGUGUUGUGGAAACUCCUUUUUUCGGGGGUAAGCACUCGUCCCAAAUUUAACACCAUUUUCGAGAGCUAUUGUACUCUGCCACAAAGAGAGAGAGAGAGAGAGAGAGAACGAGGUUAAUGAAAGUUGAAGAUGUUAGCCCUUCUUUAAUCUGGGCUUACUACUUCAAAUGGGGGGAUUGAAAUAACAGAAGAAUAUAAUAAUAAUAAUAAUAAUAAUAAUAAUAAUAAUAAUAAUAAUAAUAAUAAUAAUAAUAAUAAUAAUAAUAAAGAAAAAACUUUGAAUAAACAAAUCAAGCCCAGAUGACGAAAGGUCAAAGGAUGUCUGUAAGUACUGACUGGCUUAUCUAUGACAUCAGAGUUUUCGAGGCUUGGCUCGCGUCCUUCUGUACCAGGGCCUUAGAAAAUCACUAGUUUGAAUUUGUCCUCGUACUGAAGUUGACCUCGUAAUGUAUUCGUCCUCGUACCUUAUUUGCCUCCUCUGAUUUUGAAUAAACGGAGUACAUAAGUCUGUGGCAGCGUACUAAAACUCCCGAAAUGAAGUUAAGUGAGGGACAAGCACAUGCUCAAGCCAAAGGAGUUCCCUGCACAUCUUUUCUUUCUUUCUUAGGAAUGUAGAAGUUUAGAAACCCGUGGGAAAGAGCCCUGUUGUAUAAGUAGCUUCAACGCAUUUAGCGGACGCGGUAUGCAUAUCUCUAUCAUUGUUUUGGGUAAUUCACUCUGUCCGCGAAUUCCUCGGCUUCUUUAGAAUAACUUGGUAGAGUGGGCCUGUAUAAUGUAAGCAUACCGUUCGCUCGAUUCUAUUCCGCUAUUGUCAUACACCGUUCGCCCAUGACCGGCCGAUCCUGCUGAUAAUGCAGGUGGAGGAUAGAAACGAAUUGAAACAGAAUUGUUACACUAUACAGGCCGCAGUUUGCGAUCACGUAGAUGAAGCGAAGUGCAGGAAAACAGACGCCGACGACACAAGCGUCGUCUGUCCUGCUCUGGACACUGCCAUGUUCCGCCAUAUGUUUACGUUUUCAGUCAAUCACAGAAGACGCAGCCGCUCUAUCAGCCAAUCGGAGCUGACAACGCGGCAAAUUCGACAAUAAUGGAGCCAACUUGACAGUAUUCAGAACAGCUCACAUGACCACUUAAUCGUGACCACGUGACCUGCAUGGCGUCUCGCCCAAAUACCCGUAUAUUCGUUGCUGCAGAGAUGCAGAACGAAACGUAGAAGUAUGCGAGAUCAUUCCAGAGAGCACGAGAUCCCUUCACCGGUAAUUUAUGCAACCUCUAGUCGAUUUGUUCGAGCUCUAUAUAUAGAUGAAUAUAUUUCAAUACAUAUGUGCAGAUCCAUUUAUUUUAUUGCAUCUGUGACACACACUAUAGUGAGGAAGGGUAUGAAAAAGGGAACGUAUAAUAUAUGGGUAAUACAAGCGUUAUAUCAUGAAAUAGUAGGUUAUCGCCGCAAGGGAGGGUUGCCAAGAUCACUCAGUGAAUCAAUAAAGCCACUUUGUACCAUUA